AUGGCAAUGUUACGAGAAAAGGCAGCCAGCGAUGAAGAAGUUGAAAUCACAAGAGAUCAUGUGAUGCAGACCGUCUGGCCAAUUCAUUGGGCACGAGGGCAUACAGACACGGAGGAGCUUUACAUUAUAGAAUCAAUGCUUGAAGGCAGGGAAAUUCAGGAACCACUGAUGCUGUAUCCACGACAACUGGACAUCACAAAGUGGUACUACCAAUUGUUCUAUACUGCAAAGAUGGAGGAUCGCCGAGCACGCAACAAAAUUGUGAGCGUGUUGUUCCCAAGGGUGGAAGUCAGAGGAGAGGUAGCGGUAGUGAAAAACGGCUCAGGAUACAAUCCAAGGGAUGAAAGAUGGGACAUAGACAGCGUGGAGCUAGGAAAAACGCUAUGGUGGUACUUGAAGAGCAAACAAGAUGUGGCUAGAAUAGCAAAUGAAUGCAGAUUUAUCAAUUACUUAGAGCAGAUAUGCAGCAAGGACAUCAACACGAUCCAUGAGUUGAGGAGUGCCGGUGUGACUGAGCUUGAUGACAAGGUAUGGACAAAGGUCAGAUCGUUGAAAGUGGCCACUAGAGGUCCGGGAGAAGGUGCAAAGACCAUCAACAUGGUACGCAUCAGGGAAAUAGCGGUCAAGGAAAAGGAUAUCCCAGGUGGACAUUUCGGGAACACUAUUGACAGCCAGGGAGAGAAGGCUGUUGGGACAGUGAGGACUGACAUAAAAGGUGCGGGUGUGAUAAUCAUAAGGCAUUGCGAAAAGUGGAUCUGGGUGAAACACAAGGCUAUAUCACUGCAAGGGAUUGUGCGGGCUAUCAGUGUAAAUUAA